AUGUCCGCCAUCAACGCUCACUCUGUUUCGGUUGAAAGAAUCCCAUAUAAAGUAUAUUUUGAAUUUGUUCCUUAUGAAAAGUGGUCACUACAUAGUUAUAUAACUUUAUUAGUUGACAACUAUGAAAACGUUGAUAAAAUGGAUGCUCACUUUUCCUUCUAUAGAAUGUUAAGUUUAAUUAAUGACGAUGAAAAAAUGUCUCAAGAAACAAAUGUUCUUAAAGCUAAUAAUAGCUUCUGGAACACUUCAUCACCAACAACGUCAUCGUCCCAUAAAGGAAUAAAGAGAAAGUGCCUACUAAAGAUGGUAAUGGGUGGUCAGCGAUCGGUCAAAAACCUUAACUGA